CCGGGCGCGGGCCGGCCCAGCGUGGCGGUGCGGCAGGUGCCGCCGGCGGGGCGGAACAUGGCGCUGGGUGCCGGGGUAGCGCGGCGGCUGCCGCACCUGCCGGCCGGGGGCUGCCUCCCCCUGCUGCUGCUCCUCCUCCUCUGCGGACAGCUCGGGGGAGGACAGAAGAAGAAGGAGAAUCUUCUGGCUGAGAAAGUGGAACAGCUGAUGGAGUGGAGCUCAAGGCGUUCAGUCAUCCGCAUGAACGGAGAUAAAUUUCGAAGAUUUGUGAAGGCUCCACCUCGUAACUACUCUGUGAUAGUGAUGUUCACUGCUCUGCAGCCACAGCGGCAGUGCUCUGUUUGCAGGCAAGCUAAUGAGGAAUAUCAAGUGCUGGCUAAUUCAUGGCGCUAUUCAUCUGCUUUUUCAAACAAACUGUUUUUCACAAUAGUGGAUUAUGACGAAGGGGCAGAUGUUUUUCAGCAGCUGAAUAUGAACUCUGCUCCGACUUUCAUGCAUUUUCCUCCGAAGGGUAAACCCAAGAGAGCUGACACAUUUGACCUGCAGAGAAUUGGAUUUGCAGCUGAACAGCUAGCUAAAUGGAUAGCUGACAGAACAGAUGUUCAUAUUAGAGUGUUCAGGCCUCCUAACUAUUCUGGUACAAUUGCACUGGCUCUUCUGGUAUCCCUUGUUGGUGGCUUGUUAUAUCUGCGAAGAAAUAAUCUAGAGUUCAUCUACAACAAAACUGGCUGGGCCAUGGCAGCUCUGUGCGUUGUAUUUGCUAUGACAUCUGGUCAGAUGUGGAAUCACAUCCGUGGACCACCGUAUGCACAUAAAAAUCCUCAGAAUGGACAAGUGGAAGAUACAGUAGAAGAUGACAUAAGGACUAAAUUAAAAGUUCUCUAUCCUCAGGUUCUGGGAUCUUUGCCAUGGAGGUGGCCGCUGAAAGUCUGCUGAGCUGCCUCAGGUGCAUUGGACUGAUCCUGUUUGAUCCUGAAACCUUGUGCACCCUGUGCCACCCUAGUGCCACCCAUCACAGAAGCCUCUUCGAGAUCUGAUUGACAUGGACACGGACUGGCAUCCUCUCUUUUCCUAUAUGGCCUCCAUAGAGACUUUGGAUCCUGUGGAGCUGCUGGACAAGGACUGACUGAAGCAGUGUGAUGCUGAGAGCCAGUGGACUGUUAAUCAUGGACUCAGAGGAAUUGUUUGCUACGGCUCAGUUUUAUGUAUGGUAGCCAUUGUGACCUCUGUGGGGAAAGGGCACGUUGUUUGGGGGUUGUGCUUUUGGGACAGAACUUUUGGGGUUCAGAAUUUUCAAUUGAGUGGUAAAAUUUUUCUUGGAAUGCUCCUGCCUUUUGCACCGUAUAUUCCCUUGUAUCUUAUAAAAAUUUAAAAAUAUGAGGGUGUUGGUUGAAUUAUGUUAGACUAUGCUCGAGAUAUUUUGAGCAGGUUACUGCAAGGGGUUCAGGGUGAAACCCUGGGUAGCAAAGGCAGAAUCAGACCAACAUGUAGCCCUCACACCGUCACCUAAAUGAAGGUCGGUGAACUUUAUACAGGUUUUUUUUUCUCUCUUUUUUCCUGUCAUAGAAUUGUUCAUUUUUCUUUUUUUGUUUUCUUUUUAAUAUACUUAAAAGGGUGAGAUGUUGCCAUGAAUUUUCCUGGUUUGCUGAGCGUUCAUAUUAAAGGAGAAACGUGCAGUUUCUCACGCUGGUGAAUUGUAAACACAGGACCAUGUUUUGUAAAUAUUGGCAAUGUUAUGAAUACUUUCUCCAAGACAAGGGGAGGUUGAAUGACAGCCUCCUGGACCAAUGUGACAGGAGAGGUGGCGAUACCCUUCUCCAAUCCAUGGUCACCUUGACACAGAUAUAUAAUGGAAAAAUAAACUAAGGGCAGGGGCUUCUGCCCUGCUGCUCUUGUUGCACCCAGAUCUGUGUCCCCAGUCUGUGU